AGGGGAGGUUGGCCCAGGCGGCUGCUGGGCUCGGCUGCCGGACGGAGGUGGCGGGCUGGCUGGUCCCGAGUCGAGGCCGCAGCAGGGCUCCAGGUGAGGCCUGAGGGCCGCGGCUCGGGCGCGGGCUCGGGCCGCCGCCGCUUCCUCCGGCAGUUCGCGGCCCGACGUCACUGCGGCCCGGUAGUGACCAGGCCAAGUCCGGCGCCUCGGCCCCGGGUGGGGUGGCCAGAUCAAACAGGACGCCCAGUUAAAUACGAGUUUCAGAUAAACGAAUGAUUUUUUAGAGAAGAUGUUACCAAGUAUUUCAGUGAAUUCCCACAUGCAGGGGAAUGGCGCCUUGAAUUCCAGGGAUGCGGCAAGACACACGGCCGGAGCAAAACGCUACAAGUACUUGAGAAGGCUUUUCCGUUUUCGGCAGAUGGACUUUGAGUUUGCUGCCUGGCAGAUGCUCUACCUGUUCACCUCCCCACAGAGAGUUUAUAGAAACUUUCACUAUCGAAAGCAGACAAAGGAUCAGUGGGCCCGAGACGACCCUGCUUUCCUAGUCCUGCUGAGUAUCUGGCUGUGUGUGUCCACUAUAGGAUUUGGCUUUGUGCUGGACAUGGGAUUUUUUGAGACGAUAAAGCUUCUCCUUUGGGUUGUAUUCAUAGAUUGCAUAGGCGUUGGUCUUCUAAUAUCAACGUUAAUGUGGUUCAUCUCUAACAAGUACUUAGUGAAGCGACAGAGUAGAGAUUAUGACGUGGAGUGGGGCUAUGCCUUCGACGUGCAUCUGAAUGCUUUCUACCCACUCCUAGUCAUUUUGCAUUUUAUCCAGCUUUUCUUCAUCAACUAUGUUAUCCUAACAGACACGUUUAUUGGCUAUUUCGUUGGGAAUACUUUAUGGUUGAUUGCGGUUGGCUAUUAUAUCUAUGUAACUUUCCUAGGAUACAGUGCACUGCCAUUCUUGAAGAAUACAGUCAUCCUUCUCUAUCCGUUUGCACCUGUCAUUCUGCUCUAUGGACUGUCACUGGCACUGGGGUGGAACUUCACUCACAUGCUGUGCUCCUUCUACAAGUACAGAGUGAAAUGAAGGGAGAGAGGCUGCAGAGCUCAGCUCUGGCAGCAGUGUUGGUGAAGCGCUGGAGACUUCCUGUAAAGUGUGUACAUCAGUUAUCAUUGUGGAUAUCUUAAAGGUGUAAAGUUUGCAAAUCUGAGGAAAUACACAUGAACACUAUUGUCAAAUACAUUCCUUAAAACUAAUGAAAUGUACAUUUCUGUAAUAAAUAUUUUUGAAA